AUGAUGCUGGGCCUGGAACAAUACCUACAGCAUCGAUCAGACCCAUUUGCCCCUGGAAAUGAGCAUGGUGAUCCAGAAUCUGGCUUAAGUUUCAGCAGCGGGGCAAUUUCGGAAGAGAUAACCGAUAUCGAUGAGAAGGAGGACCCCGUGGAAUAUCAGAGCUCAGAGCAAGCCAGGCUGAAAGAGUCCUUGAAUCUUUUGAAGAUUCUUUCAGGUAAACAAAGUGCCUUCAAGGCAGCUCAGACAAAGAAAAAGGUUAGAAACCUGGGCCUUGAAGAAAAAAAGUACCUGGAAUCAGAAUUAACAGAUUCAUCGCUUGAUGCACCUAUGUAUGAGCCAUUAUCUGAAAAAGCAGAUCUGUUGAAAGAGCUUGAACAACGAAUGUACAGUUCCAGGAAGUCAGCAUCCGCCAUGGAUCUUCUCAAUAUACGACGAGCUGAAAAACAUGAAGAGAACCUUCCCUCAGAGGAGCAUGUGGAGGUCAUUCCAGAUCAUGAAAGUUCUGAUUGCGAGCCUGAAGUCAUCGAGGAGAUACAAACGAAUAAAGUUGCAGUUCGAGAUAUAUUUUCGAGCUUUGGCCAUCGCCGUAAGAUGAACAAGGACGGAGAAUGGAAACUCGAGGUGAAGCUUCGCAUAAGUCCAAACAAACUUGGGGAAAUCAAGAAAUACGAUGACCCCUUCAGAACACGAGGAAUAAAUCCCGGUGGAAGCAGUAUGAUAAAUACGCUAAUGAGGAAGCGUCACACUAAGAUUGUCACGCUACGCCUACCAUCAAAUUUUCUCCAAGAGAUUCAAAAGACUCUUAACCCGCUUUAUACUAAGAGUUCAGGGAUACCGAACGGUAAGAGUGCUAGAUGCGUAUUCGAUGAAAUGAUGCAAAGCGCCAGUGUAACAGCUUAUCCCAAGCUUACACCUUUGCAGAAAGCAAAAGAACUAUAUCCACCGCCAAUAAGAAGGCAAGAGAUGCACGUCAUUGAUAGAGAUCAGCUUUUACAUAUAUCAACUUCAUCGAAUCUCAAACCUCGGGAGAAGAGGACUUCUAUUCAUGAAAAUCUAGGGUCUCUCUCCUCGUUAUGCAUCCACAAAUAUCCUCCACAGAAUGGCCACGAGUCAAUCAGCAGCAUUCUUAACACCAUUGACGACAUAGAUGAUUUUAUUGCCGACAAGGCACCACUUGCAUUCGAAAGCCAACCGCAUACGCGGAUUUACAAGCAAUUCAUACAACAUCACGCUUUAGAUAACAAUCAGCUCUGGACGGACAAGUUUUCUCCCCCCAGCGCAGACGAUUUAUUACUCGACCCUCAGACUAGGUACACUUUUGGGCGGUGGAUUAACAACGCCUUCUCCAUACUCAAAUCGCAAUCAACAAAGACACCAAGGAAUGUGAAAAUCCGUGAGCAACAGAUGAGGCAACGAAAGAAACAAUCUCAAUCCAUGCAAGGCUUCAUUGUAAAUGACAUAGAAGACGAUUCGGAAGAAACAGAGGAGGAUGUUUUUGUUCCUGUUCUCAUACUACAAGGUCCACUGGGUUGUGGUAAAUCAGCUGCAGUGUAUGCUGCCAUGAAAGCACUCGAUGGAUAUGUUUAUGAGAUUAAUGCUGGGCAAAAUCGAUCCAGAAGAGAUCUCUACGGUCCUCUCAAAGAGUUUUGCACCACAAACAUUAUUAGUCAGAGAGGCCAAGAGAAAUCAUUUCAAGAAGGAUUGGUGUUCUUUGAGGAUUGCGAUGUGCUAUUUGAGCAAGAUAAAACAUUCUGGACUGCUGUCCAGGAUGUAAUCAAUUUCUCCAAGCGACCCAUUGUCAUCUCGGCGCAGGACACUUCAAGUAUACCACGUUCCAUUUGGGAGCAAGCCGAAGAACAAAAUUCCGUAAUAUAUAUCGAGAGUCAGGAUACGGAAGCUUUCAAACAGUACAUUUGGCUAUGUUGCUUCUCCGAAGGCUACGAUUUAUCUGACAAUAUCUUAGACUGGGUCUCAAAGCAAAGCAACAGAGGCUCUUACGACGUAAGAAAGGCACUCAUGAUUUCCCAAUGGCUCUGCAAAGAAGACGUGGAUCUAAACUCUGAUGAAACUCUUCUGAUAGAUAUGAGACGUGACCAAACCAACGAUUCGAACUACGACAGUUCGCUAGAAGCUUUCGCUCGAGAACGUGAUAUUCUCUCUUCCUCAGAUGUGAUCGUUGCCAAUAUGAGAUCGGUGAAGCUCCAGGAACAAAGUCCCAAUGAAUUACUAGACUCAUAUAUCGUUGACGAUGGUCAAUCGCUCCAUCCUUCUCCUGAACCCGAUGAGUGCAAUGUUGGAAAAUAUAUUCACAAUAGGCUUAAUGUCAAAAACGACAAAGAGCUAUCACUAUUACUGUUUAAUAAGAUUAGAAGCGUUGUUUUGGAAUUCGUUGCCUCACGAACUAAAAAGAGACCGAAGUUUCUUCAGGACUACUACGGAGUUCGAACAUCAACGAGAAGCCGCUCUUCUGAGUCCUCAUUUGAUCUGCCGAUGCUCGACGCACAAGACUUACCUGAGACAUCACCUACUGUCGUGAUUGGGCACGCUUUCAAAAAGCUCUAUAUGAUGUUGAGCGAGAGAGAAGACAGAAAGGCGAAGAUAUCAGUAUAG